GUAAACACAAGGACUAGUUGAAAAUAAAAAAAGUUGCUAAAAGUAUAUCAGCGUCCUACAUAGUCACGGCUUUGCUAGGAACCUUUGUGCACUGUGUGUUUCCUCCGGAAUGUUUUAAUUCUGUGCGACCUUCUAAAGAUGGCGUCCUAUUACAGCGUGUUGUAGUGGGAAGGUUGUACCUCUAUGUUAAACUGGCUUUAGCAAUAUGGGUUUGUGUAGUCCUGUUCGGAGAGGGCUACUCUACGGGGAACAUGUAUGUACUGCUCCUGGUAUCCGUGCCUGGAAAGGGAAGAUAGACUCUGGAAUUAGAGCAUAUACAGUAGAAGAGGAUACCGGGUUUAUGCAUGUGAAGGAGGCCAAUGGUUGGGCUAGUACUAGAAUCUCAGUGGGAGUAUUUAUGAGAGCUCACCGAGAUGAUACAUGUGAUAUUGCUUGUAAUAAAGACAAUUAUGCUGUUGAUGAAAAAACGACUACCGAAGGAAGAGUUAGAGGAAAUCAAAAGUACAUGAAAGGGAUAUGGUGUCCUUAUACACAAACACAGAGACUCAAAGCUUGGAUUUGUGGCAUUAAUCCACAUAGUACAUUAUGGGGGAUUUUGAGCACAAAAGACAGAUAUGUAAUACCUAACCAUAGAGAACCCCCUUUGGUGUUUGUGUGUAUGAAAAGUAACAUAUUUAGGCCAGUAAUGGACAAUCGUAGUUCUCUGAUCUUUAUCCAUAACCUGCAAGCAAAAAGUAAAUGGUGCUUUCCUGUAAGGUUUUACUCUCAUUACAACCAAGCAUCAUGUAAGGAAGAUACUCACUUUGAUGUAGUUGGGAAGUUCAGAGGCCCCUGGAAUGUAAUGUUUUUUGGAACAGAUGAUUUUGCAACACAGUCUCUUAAAAUUCUGAAUAAAUACAGAUUAGUCGAUCGAAAAAAUAAUCGGCUGAUUAAUCGAUUAUGAAAAUAAUUGUCGCAGCCCUACUUCUAACAUCAGUGCCUGACUUCACAAUUGCUCUUUUUGCUGACUGGGCACAAAUUCCCACAGACACACUCCAAAAUCCUUCCUAGAAGAGUUGCAUCUGUUACAGCCGCAAAAGGGGCAUCUCCCUUAGUAAUGCACAUGGUUUUGGAAUGAGAUGUCCAACAAGCACA